ACAUGACCCUAUUUCGUCUGCUGAAAGUUCGCUCGAGUUGGCAUUCACGAAGUUAUCAGAUAGAUCAGAGAGUAUACCACGGAAUGGAACAAACACAGUUACGUGAUACGCGACGCGUCGACUUAGGGACGCGUCUCCUGGACGCGUCAUGUUUGACAUGACUCUGAAACAGGUAUUUGGUGCAUAUCACUCACGCCUGUGGCCAACCGUUGUGACUCAAUGCCUUACACCGCUGGACACGACAAUGUACUGCGGCACCUAUUUCGGCAGCAAUGCCGGACUGAACCAAUGCGAGACAUCAUGACUUCUCACUCGGUAGUGAGGUCUGAGCCAUGCUGUCGGACUUGUUGAUAAACAACAUACCCAAUUGUGUGGAAAGGGAUUGAGCACUAUAUUAGCAUGGUUGUUCUCCCAAGUUACAAGGGUUACUCUCAGCAUGGCUGUCUUGAAGAACAUCGUACUCGCUUUUCUGCUACUAACAACUGCUCAAGCCUGGUCGGCUGCAGGAUGGGGCAAGCCUGGAAACAGGAGAGACACAAACGCAAAUCGAUUUGCAAGGGGUCUUAGUCCCUUACCUCCUCGGCGGCUAUACGAAGCCACGCGUGUUGGCCCGCCGCUAGCCCGCCGCUCUGUGUACUUCCUCUGCUCUCCAACUAAAUCUGGCGCAGGCUAACCUCCUCAAGUACUCCUCUGACAGGAUCCAUAUCCGUCACCGCGCAGGGAGACGAUUUGCC